AAAGAAAAUGUGUUAUCUUGUGUGUUUGACGUCGCCUCUCCCACAGCGACAGUUUGGUAUUGAAAUUCAGACCACAUGUUUAUGGUUUUCAGAAACACCAGCCUCCCUGAAAACGGAAAUGGUUGCUCUUUAUCCUUUCCUGCUCCAAUCAGAAAUGUCAUUAAUGCUUGGACACCCGACACAGUGUUUCUGUAAACUAUUUAUUGUCUCAUCAGCCAUAUUGACGCUGUAUUCGUACUAAUGGACAGUAGGCCAUACUAACAUCACCAUGACCCUGCUGAAAAAAACAACUGAGAACCAGCGCUGGUAAUUAGGCGGUUUUAGUGAUAUGACCAGCGUAACCAGCUUGAUCACAAAUCAUUCGAAAACAUACCUUAAGCUGGUCAAACUAGCUGGUCAACAAGCUGGUCAAGCUGUUUUUUUUCAGCAGGGUAUUGUUAAACUUGUUUCUGGGAUUUACACACUAUUGUUGCAAUUCACAAUGACUAAGCACUGGCUUUCAGCAUCACUCAUUGGAAUAUCCCUCCCAUUAGUCUAAACAACUGCGUCCGGGGCUGUGGGCUUCCUGGUUAUGGCUGUAAUCAUACAGUUUACUCGAGUGCAAGUGUCACUCCUUACAUUCCGACAAACGCUUUCACCCUCUUGUAGACUUCUCAGCCGGACCAUGGCUUCAGACACAGUCGCCCGGUUCGAUUUUCUGGUCAUAGGCGGUGGAUCUGGGGGGCUGGCCGGUGCCCGGAGGGCGGCGGAGUUAGGGGCUUCUACCGCCGUGAUCGAGAGUCACAAACUUGGAGGUACCUGCGUGAAUGUUGGCUGUGUCCCCAAGAAGGUUAUGUGGAAUGCAGCUGUUCACGCAGAGGUUGCCCAUGACCGUACAGACUAUGGUUACCUUGCUGGAAACGCUCAGUUCAGCUGGCACUCGCUCAAAAGCAAGAGAGAUGCUUACGUUGGUCGACUGAACCAGAUCUAUCAGGCGAAUCUCGACAAGGCCAACAUUGAGGCCAUCCAUGGCCUUGCGUCCUUUACUGAUGACCUUGAACCCACGGUGGAGGUCAAUGGGAAAAAGUACACGGCACCCCACAUCCUCAUCGCCACCGGGGGCCGCCCAACUGUUCUCAGUGAUCAGGAGGUGCCAGGUGCGAAUCUUGGCAUCACCAGUGAUGGUUUCUUUGAAAUCGAUACCCUUCCAAAACGCAGUGUUAUUGUGGGGGCUGGGUAUAUUGCCGUGGAGAUGGCUGGUAUCCUCUCCACUUUGGGAUCCAAGACAUCAAUCAUCAUUCGACAGGGUGAGGUAUUGAGGAACUUUGAUUCCUUCAUAAGUGCAAAUUGCACUAGAGAAUUGGAAAACGCUGGCAUCGAAUUGUGGAGGAACACACAGGUGAAGUCGGUCAGGGAAAUGAACCACGGCCUAGAAGUCACACUGGUCACCAAAGACCCUGAGAAGAAGGAAGAGGACCUGAUUGAAACCAUUGAGGAAGUGGACUGCCUUCUCUGGGCUAUAGGCAGAGAACCCAACACCAGCGGACUCAACAUCAGCCAGAUGGGUAUAGAGACCGAUGAGAGGGGUCACAUCGUGGUGGAUGAAUUCCAAAAUACCACCCGCCAAGGCAUCUAUGCGGUUGGAGAUGUUUGCGGCAAGGCCCUCCUUACUCCAGUUGCUAUCGCUGCGGGCCGAAAGCUUGCCCAUCGCAUCUUUGACAGCAAGCCAGAAUCCAAAGUGGACUACAGCAACAUUCCCACCGUGGUGUUCAGCCACCCACCUAUCGGCACGGUGGGACUCACAGAGGAGGAGGCCAUCAAAAGCUGGGGGCAGGAGAAUCUGAAGACAUACCAAACCUCAUUCACUCCCAUGUACCAUGCCGUCACCACCCGCAAGACCCAGUGUGUCAUGAAGCUGAUCUGUGUGGGGAAGGAGGAAAAGGUGGUUGGCCUCCAUAUGCAGGGCCUGGGUUGUGAUGAGAUGCUGCAGGGAUUCGCUGUUGCAGUCAGGAUGGGCGCCACCAAAGCUGACUUUGACAACACCAUUGCCAUCCACCCUACUUCCUCAGAGGAGCUGGUGACCAUGCGCUAAUCUCCCUUUGCAUCCUCUUCCCCAUGCCACGCCCUGCUGGUAUUAAAAACAACACAACAGACUAGGAGAAUAGGGGAUAUUUACACGCACUUUCUAUGCUACCGUUUGACCCUAAGGUACCACUGUAACAUUAGUCUUGUGUUGUGCUUCUCGUACAAGCAUUGAGGGACAUCUGGAUGGACCAAAUGAAUUAAGUGCCGGUGUAUUCCAGAGCAGGUUUCUCCCAUUUGAAGCAUUACAAACUCCAGUGUAUAUGAAGUGGACUUGCUGAGGCAGUGAUCUGUCAAGUGGUGGCACAGAAAGAGGUGUAAAUCUCCUAUCCCGGUGUUCAUACAUUUAACAACAUAGCUCUUCCUUACAAAAAUUACAAACAGGAUCCCGCUUCAGCUCGGGCACCAUUUCAACAAUGUAUUGUCAAAUAUUAUUUUAAUAAAUCUGGAAUUUUUAGUAAA